AUGUUGAGCUUCAGGAUCCUUGGUGUUGUCUCUUCGUUCCUCGCACUCACCCGCCUCGUCCAAGCGGCGCCGCAUGCCGGGAGAGCGGCGUGGCCCAACGGGCCUUUCGUGACGUCCGGCCGCUGGAUCCGCGAUGCUUCGGGCACCAACGUCACGUACGCGGGCGUCAACUGGCCGGGCGCCGCGGACGUGAUGAUCCCGGAAGGCCUGCAGUAUCAAUCGGUAGAGACCAUUGUCACCAAGAUCAAGAGCCUCGGGAUGAACGCCAUCCGAUUGACCUACGCCAUCGAGAUGAUCGACCAGAUCUACGGGAACGGCGGGGCGGACGUCCCGAUCCAGACCGCGCUCACGAAGGCUCUUGGGACCGCCAAUGGCAACAAGGUGUACGGCCAGAUCACGGCGAAGAACCCGCAGUUCAAUGCCUCGACCACGAGACUGCAGGUGUUCGAUGCCGUUGUCGCGGAAUGCGCAAAGCAGGAAAUAUAUGUCCACUUGGACAACCACAUCUCCAAGGGCAUGUGGUGCUGCUCCACCGACGAUGGGAAUUCCUGGUGGGGAGACACGUACUUUUCCAUCGCCAACUGGACCCGAGGUCUGUCGUAUAUGGCUAAUCACGGGAAAUCCUGGCCCAAUCUCAUGUCGAUGGCCCUGCGAAACGAGCCGCGGGAGCCGAACAACAAGGCACUGUCCCAGGCGAGCUACAACUGGCAAGACUGGUACAAGUACAUAAAGCAGGGCUCGGACGCCAUCCACGCCUCCAACCCAGACGUGCUGAUCUUCCUCUCGGGGCUGGGCUUCGACACCACCCUCACGCCCGUCGUCCAGGGCUCCGCGCUGACGCCGGGCUCGGGCAAGUUCAGCCUGGCCGACUUCCCGGGGUACGCCGACAAGCUGGUGCUCGAGCUGCACAACUACGAUAACAGCGCGUCCAGCUGCUCAAGCCUGCAGGGAAACCUGGACCGCAACGGCUUCUCGGCCAUGGGCGACUGCGCCGCCAACAAGUUCCCGGUCCUCCUGACCGAGUUCGGCUUCCAGAUGGACGCGACGACGUGGAAGGGCGUCUACAGCAGCUGUCUUGCUAGCUACUUUGGCGCGCACAAGGCGGGCUGGUUCCUCUGGGUGUUGGCUGGGAGCUACUACAUCAGGUCGGGGACACAGGACUAUGAGGAGACGUGGGGCUUGUUGUCGCAUGACUGGUCGGCUUGGCGGUCGCCGUCGUAUGUCGACGGCAUGCUGUUGAAGAUGCAUCCAUCGAGGGGGCAGCAGCAGCCAACCUCCAACCGCUUCGCCGCUCUGAGUGGUGGAAACCAAACUCAAAUGGGUAGCCAGAGAGGACCAGAACUGCCGUACAGUCUCAGCAAGGAAGUGCUCCGGCGAGAUUUGACCGAGGAUCGAUCAUCAUGGCCCCUCUCGUGCUACGGCCCCGGUAGAGAUGCGCCGGAACAGCUCUUCGGUGGCUACCCGCGCGAACAGAGCUUCGAAGAGAUCAGGCUACAUUACAUGCAGGGUGUACUGGCAGGCAACGAGCAAGGAGUUAUCAACGAGAUCGCGGCGCUCUAUCAGUCCUCUCAGCAACAAAUCCAGGCCGCCAUCGAAAACCUCGACGGCGCACUGCAGUACAUUGUGGAUUCUGGGAACAAUCACCCGAACCGGAUAGACAUCUGCAAACAGAACACGAUCCCGGGCGGAACAACAGGGGUCUUUGCCGUCGGACGGCAGCAGCCUAGCGCUUUUGGAGGACCAUCGACCGCAUUUGGAGCACCAUCGACUGCCUUCGGAGCCCCUGCCAACGCAUUGCAAGGCGCAGCCCAGCAGUCCAGUCCAUUUGGCGCGCCCUCGGCACAGACAUCGAGCGGGUUCGGGCAGCCUUCAGGGCUAGGCCAGCGACCCAGUGCUUUCGGCGCGCCGGCUUUUGGUCAGCCAUCACAGCCGGCACAGCCCGGAUCGUCAACGUCAGCAUUCGGAAAGCCGUCGCAACCUGCUUCUGCAUUUGGUCAGCCAUUCGGCCAGCCCUCUACCCUGGGCGCAAAGCCCAGCCCUUUCGGAGCGCCGGCGUUUGGUCAGCCCUCUCAGCCAGCAGGUGCACCGGCGUUCGCGUUUGGUCAACCGUCACAGCCAGGCACCACCUCAGCGUUUGGCCAACCAUCGCUGCCAGGAAGCGCACCCGCCUUUGGGCAGCCGUCGCAACCAUCUAGCGCCUUUGGGCAGCCAUCAGGCCUCGGACAGAAACCGAACCCCUUCGGAGCGCCGUCCUCAAACCAAAGCGCGUUUGCCAGCGCAGGAGCCGCCGCCGCUCCUUCGCAGAGCCCAUUUGGGCAGCCGUCGCAACCGCAACAACCGCCGAGUGCAAACCCCUUUGGCGGGCAGCAAAGCCAGGCCGCCAGCAACCCCUUCGGCCAACCAUCGACGUCAAGCGGGGUUGCGAACCCACCACCAGCGGCCGCGAACCCGUUCGGUCAGCCGCAGCAACCGAAACCCAACCCCUUCGGCCCUGGGCCAAGUGCCGGCGGCGCUUUCGCCAAUGCCAUGGACACGGCGACCAACGGUACGGGACCAGCCCCAUCGCCGUUCGGGGCUCCCUCCGCGGCGGCGGGCAACACGUCGAGUAACCCUUUCCAGCAGGCGGCACAGGGCUCUGCGACGGCGGGAUUCGCAAGCACGUCCGGAUCCGCGACGCCGGCGGCCGGGGCGGCACCUAGUCAGGGGCAGGGGCCGUACGGCCCGGGGGCGACGCGGCAGCACCCGGCGAUCGAGAGCUACAGCUCGCGGGAGGCGGACGGGCGGCUGCGUAUGUUCAAGGGCAAGGCGGUGACGUACCAGCCGAACAAGGCGGGGGGCGGGGACAAGCUGGAGCCGGUGCUGCGGGGCUUCGACGGCAGCGUGACGAGGAUCUGGUUCCCCAACGGGGCGCCGCCGUACAGCGCGGACACGGAGGCCGAGGGGGGCAAGUACGAUUCCGAGGAGGUCAUGGCGCCGUGGAGGGCGUUUGUGCAGACGGGGAGGUUCGCUGAUGGGGUCAUGCCUGAGGUGCCCCCGAAGAGGGAGUUCUGUUCCUGGGACUUCUAG